AUGUCUAAUGAACAAGGACAGAGAAAUAGGAAUCAAGAUGAUAAUUUAGAUUAUAUCACGUUAUCUAGUGAACAAGAAGAUAUAAACUGUGAGAAGAUUCAAACUAUAUUAAAGAAACCAAAGAAAAAAGAUAUUGAUAAUAAUAACAUGCCAUUCAUCACAUUGCAAGUUAUAUUAAAUUUAAUCGAGGAAUGCUUCGUUGAUUUGGCUUCGUUGAUAGAUCAAAGAAAAGGCGCGAGAAAGGCUAUUAGAAGAGGCACCGUUAUGAAACAGGACGAAUUUAAUUAUAGAGAAGCUGGAAAUGCACCAGGAGACAUGCGCGAUAUGAUUGUGCCCCCUUGUAUAUCAAAAUUAACAUGUAUAUCUGGGGAUAAUAGUACCACUACAGAUUACUUUAAACUAUUAGGGAGAGAUGGUCAAGCUUUACUUAUUGGAGGAAGAAACAUUGUAUAUAAUCUUUCGAUUAGGAAUAUAAAGGAAAAUAUAAGUCAAAGAAUAAUUUGGUAUCCUACCGAGACGGAUAUUCACACAUGUUUUUUAAAGGGAAAAAAUAAAGAGUUUUGCCAAAAUUAUAUGCGGGUCUUGAUAAAAAUAGACAAGAACCAAUAUCUAGUUUGUGGUACAAAUGCAUAUAAUCCUCUAUGUCGAUAUUAUAUUCAAGAGACUGCUGGUACCUUUAUUUUUACCGAGACAUAUAAAGGCGUUGGGCAAUGUCCGUUCGAUCCCAGACAAAAUUCUACACAUGUCUAUGUUGAUGGUGAAUUAUAUUCUGGGACAGUAGCAAAUUUCCAGGGAACAACUCAUAUCAUCUCCAAGAAUCGACUUACGACACAAGCUGCUACAUAUGAACAACUUAACGCCCCCAACUUUGUACAGUCUUUCGGUUAUGGUGAAUUUGUAUAUUUUUUCUUCCGUGAAACAGCCAUAGAAUUUAUGAAUUGUGGUAAAAAAGUUUAUUCGAGAGUCGCUCGUGUAUGUAAGAAUGAUCAAGGUGAUAAAAAAUCUCAGACCAAAUGGACAUCCUUCUUGAAGAGCAGACUCAAUUGUUCUGUUCCCGGAGAAUUUCCUUUCUAUUUUGAUGAAAUCCAGUCCGUCACCAAUAUCAUCACUGGUGUAUACGGAGGACAGAUUCAUGAUAUUGUCUAUGCUGUAUUUACAACGCCACCAAACUCUAUUCCAGGGUCCGCUGUGUGUGCUUUUUCUAUCCGUUCCAUUCAAGAUACUUUCGAUGGUGAUUUUAAGGAACAGGAAACAAAAAAUUCUAAUUGGCUUACCAUGCCUCUGAAUAAGAUACCUAAAAUACGACCUGGUAGUUGUGCUCCUAAUAAUCAAAGUUUUCCUGACGAAUUUAUAGCCUUUAUGCAAUCACACACUCUCAUGAAUACAGCUGUCCCUGGGUUCUUUGGUCGUCCAUUUAUUAAUACUCUUCGAUAUCGUUUUACUAAGAUCGCUGUUGACCCUCAAAUUAAACUUCAGGAUGGACGAAUAGUUGAUGUCAUCUUUUUAGGAACAACUUUAUCCAUAAUAAAACUCGUAAAUGUUUUGUCGUAUGAAAAUAUACAUCUUGUAGACCCAAUUAUUAUUGAAGAAAUUCGAAUCUUUUCACGACCAAAGACUAUAACAAAUUUACACCUUAUAAAAAAGAGAGGUAGAGGAAAAAAAUUGAUUAUAAUAACCUAUGAUGAAAUUAAAUCAAUUGAUCUUCAUCGUUGUUUUCGAGCCAAAUCUUGCCAGUCGUGUAUUGGUCUGAGAGAUCCAUACUGUGGUUGGUAUGCUAGCCAGGAAAAGUGUACCCCAUUGAGUCUUGAGACUAGAGAAUAUAUCUUUCAGAACAUAUCUGG